AUGAAAGAAGCUGGCCUUGAGAUUAAGAUAGCACACUGCCUUCGUGUCACAACAGCAACAAAUUUGUUUCGUGCUGGCCAUCAGGAAAAAUUAAUACGUGAACGAACUGGGCAUGUUUCUUCUGCCUUAUUUACGUAUGAGAAACCUAGUAAUGAUCAUGCAAUGGCUGUAUCCAAGUGUGUUGGCCCAUCUGUAUCAAAGGUUGUGUCGCUUGCUGACAACUGUUUUAAGCCACCCUCGAAGCCUAAGGAAGACGAAAAGUUUCAAAUUUCCGACGAGGAACUUGAUAAGUUUUUGAGUGAAGUGGAUUGGUCUAAAAUUGAUAAAGAGGUGCAGCGACGUACUAUCGCAGAAAAGUUUGUUUUGUCGAACAGUACAUUCACUAACUGUUCCUUUAACAUUUCGUUUGCCGGAAAUAAGUAA